GAACCUGCAAACACACAUUUACGUUUUAACAUCGCUGAAAAUAAGGUCCCACGUCACAGUCACACUAGCAAACCAGGGCAUUAUCCUCCGGCUAGAGCUGUUCGAAAAGGCAUUUAUCCUUUGAUCCCACUCUGCUGCAGUUUCUUGCAUUCAUUUAUACUGUCCAAUUCUUGCGUUUUAGAUCUGAUUUGCGGGGAAAGAAAGAGAAAAGUGAAAGGAAAAGAUAUGGGGAGGAUGGAGUACUUGAAAAUGAGUACUGAUCUAGUAAAAACCGAUUUGAUUCAGUCUGAUCUCAAUGAGCUCAACGUUGCUGCCAAGCGACUCCUAAAUGAUGCCACUAGGCUUGGUGGCCUCGGCUUUGGUACUUCUUUUCUCAAAUGGGUUGCCUCUUUUGCUGCCAUAUAUUUGCUGAUAUUGGAUCGAACAAACUGGAGAACAAACAUUCUUACUUCACUCUUAGUACCUUAUAUUUUCCUUAGUCUCCCUUCAGUAAUAUUCAACUUCUUCAGAGGCGAGGUUGGAAAAUGGAUUGCUUUCAUUGCAGUGGUGCUUAGGCUUUUCUUUCCUCGUCACUUCCCAGAUUGGCUGGAGAUGCCAGGAUCAUUGAUUCUUCUUCUGGUUGUGGCUCCCAGCUUCUUUGCACACACGUUGAAGAACAGCUGGGUUGGUGUCUUGAUAUGCCUCAUCAUUGGUUGUUACUUGCUGCAAGAGCACAUCAGGGCAUCUGGUGGAUUCAGAAACUCUUUCACACAACUCCAUGGAAUAUCAAACACUGUUGGCAUUAUUCUGCUGUUUGUUUAUCCAGUAUGGGCACUGGUGCUCCACUUCAUCUAGGCAAUUAAAAUGGACAAAUGAGUUGGACUUGUGAACUGGAACUUGAUCAAUCAUUUUUAUGUAUUUGCUUAAAUUUAUAUCUAAAGGUUUGAAAUCUUAUUGCCAA